AUGGCUGACGCGACAAAGACAGAGGCAGCUCCCGUGCACCCGCUUAAGAGACUGUUGCGCAAGGCCUCGAGAUCAAAGACGUCUGUUGUGGCUACAGAUGAAGCAGAGGUUGCAACACCGGAGGGUCGCCAGCCACUGGAAAGGAUCGCCAGUAUUGCCGUGACACUCCCAGACGAUAAUAACGAAAUAUUGGAUCAACAACAGCCUGUAAUCAACGAGGAGGCCCUUCCGUCCCCAACCGUCCCUUCGAAGGAUGCAAAGCGGCGCGCUAGCCUGGUGGACAAACUAAAGGGAUUGGCAGGAAAUAAGAAGGACAGGAAGAAUGGGCCAACCGCUGACGGUGUCGUCGAACAAGCAGAGGAUACAAAUGGUACCACUCCCUCCGGGCUCACUGCUCAGGCGAUACCGGUGCCUAGCGCCGUAAGGCCUAUUGAUAUAGCAAAGCGAGUCCGAGAUCUUCUCACGUCGGCUCCUCCUUUCUAUCCAACGACACUGGUCGCCUCUGAGACCAAGCCUCCUCCUACUUCGGAUAGUGCAUUGGGAGAUUUAAUGGGAGCAAAGUUCUUAUCGACGCUUUCUGAUCAUAUCGCCAUGUCCGGUUCAUCAUCCCAAGAAUCCGUUUGGAGCAUUCUCGACCGCACCAAAUUUAGCUUCCAGGCCAAUGUGCAUGGAAACUUUACGACAUUGGCAGAGGCAGCCGAACCGGAUAACUCUAUCAUGCUUUGCGCACCUCUAUUCCCAGACGAGGACUCUCAGGUUGAGCUCGCAGAGUUUCAGCUCGUCAAGGUGCCACUCGACGAGUUGGACGAAGCAAUCUUGAGUGCUGCUGGGUGGUGGCCACCUUGGGAAUGGGGCAAAAAGCCCAAGCCCAGCGAGCCACCUACUAAAGUUGUCCGCGUUUGGAUCCCCAGCACGACCAAAGUCUCUGUUCAAUUGGCAUGGUGGGGAUAUAGAAUCUGGCUGCCACCACCUGUAAUGAAGGUACUCGGCGACAAAUCCAUCGAAGCGGUGAAGCGAGCCGCUAUGAUUGCAACUGCAUUGGGAUGGCUUGUCAAUCAUAUUCCAACAGCGGGGCUCCCGGUUGAAUUAGUGGCAGUUCUUACAGUUGCAAAAGCGUUGGUGCCGAUCAUUGGCUAUGUUGGCGGGUUCAUUUCGUGGUAUUGGUCCACUGUUCAGAGCUUUGACAAAGGCCAGGGCGUUGUCCUCUCCGCAACUUGGCAAUUGGGACUAUACUCCCCGGCGUCAGAUACACCAAGUGGCCCAGGGAAACCAAGCGAGACACCAGCCACGCCCACCCCGGCUCCCUCCAAUCCAGCUCCCUCCAAUCCGACACCGCCUUCGGUUCCUAAUAGUCCCCCAAUAGGAACCUCACCUCCGCCCAGCAUGCCAUCCCCUGGAGACGGCUCGCCGAUUGUGACCAUACCAGGGCCAGGAGUUUCCUCUGUACUUACCCUACGAUCAUUACGACAAGAAAUUUGUGAUGCCACAAUCGAAAUGAGCUUGAAAUCCGACCAUAUCAACGUCCAUAGCGCGCCCUUCAGAAUGAGCCCUCUUAUCUCUACCUCGAGCUACGGACUUGAUGAUGCUAGGCAUUCGCGCGCACAGCGGGCCAUGUGCCAACUCGAUGUGGCAAUUAAACAGGAUUCAUCUUCAAACACGAUGAAUCUGGACACCAGCGGCUAUGAUAAAGGGUCUAGAAACGCAGGCGUCACAUCUCCCAAGGACCCGCAACAUCCAAACGGACAAAGGCAACUAGAUCCUUUGAAAGUCCUUCCAACAGAGAUCUGGAUGCUCGUUCUCUGUGAUGUAUUUGAGGACCAUGUUGUAGGAGCACUCCCACUACUCCUCGUUUCGCGACACUGGAUGGAUUUAAUCACAACUUCGCCACCUCUUUGGACGCACGUCUAUGUCAGGGAUAGUGACGGUGAUUACGAAGAGGCGCUCACGUGGGCCCUCAAAUAUUCACGAUCAUACCCCUUGACAGUGACUAUCGAACUCCCCGCAGUGCAAGGCCGUGGGCAUCGCAUAUGGGGAGAAGUGCACCGGAUUAAAGAAAUUACAUUUAGGCGGUCCGCAGAGUCAAUACGAAACGUAUCGGCCGUGGACGUAUCCGCGAUGGAUUAUUUCUACGACAAAGUAUACAUGCUUCUCAAUACCUUCGAGUCAAUACCCAUAGAAAAUAUUACCGUGGACCAUUCAUUCGACUUUUACAGCUUGUCAAUGAUGAAGCAGCGGUUUCCAAAGGCGCCCAAGCUCAAAGGGCUCACCUAUUGGUGUCUUACCACAGAAAGUUUCAGCAGCGUAGAUACGGAAAAUCUCGAGUUCCUAUCGGCGAGCUCCUCAUUGGACACCCUCUACCCAUAUCUAGCCCCGCUUCAGCGUUUACGGCGCUUGGUAUUGACUCAAGCGGGCGAAGGUUCCAGCAAUGGAACAAGUAUCCCGGUCGCGAAUAGCAAAUCCCUUCCACCUUUGGAAACACUCGAAUUUUACCAGAGUUCUCCUCGCUCUUUACGACCAUUCAUCGUUUAUAACAACACACACUUACUUAAAUUGCACGUCAAAUUAUCUUGGGAAGAAUUUUGCGAAAACGCACCAUUCUUCUCGAACCUCUCCUCUCUCAACUAUCUACAUAUCAUUCUCAAAGCUCCCACGGCUCCCGUUACUGAUAUUCAACUUCUCCUUCCCUCUCUUCCCCAUGUUCAACGUUUUGAACUAGAUCAACAGACAGCCAAGGAUUCGCCCGAGACCGUCCAGUUCCCAGUGUCACCACAACUAAUGGCUUCCGUCCUAGACGUAUGCGGAACAAGUUUACCCGGGAUCAAGAACCUCUACCUGCAUUUGGUGGAUCCCACACCGAUCGAGAGCGCUUUGCAGCUCCUCGAAAGAAUGAAAUUGCUUCAAAAGCUUGAUUAUCGGGGACAGGUGAUAGAAACCAAGAGACCAGCAAGGAACGCGCGGCUACGGCUCGAGCGAGUGGAGAAGAUCGUUCUCUCCAGCACCCUCCUGCUUGCAUACCUUGACCUUCCUAUUGCCACUCAUAUAUCGAUACGUUCGAAAACAGAAGAGAACGGCAACACUAUUCCGAUCAUAGAGGCUCCGAAAGUGCAGACUUUGAUGGUUCACGCCUCUUCUGCAUCCAUAUUCGGCCUUAAUACAUUCCCUAGGUUGGACAAAUUGACCUGGAUCGACCCGGGCGGAGGAUGUGCCUCUAUUCCACGCAGUAUUCACAACCUCACCCAGAUUUGCUUCGACUAUUCUAGUCCACGCAAGGAAUGCAACGACUUUUGCGAGUUGUUGCUUCGGUAUCCAUUUUCAUGCAGAGGUCUACAUACUAUUGAGAUGCGGGCUUAUCCAGAGUGGGAUAUCCUAUUCCUCAUGCUUGUUCGUCGGAAUGUCGAGGCAGGAGACGGAGUAGCUCGCAUCUCGACCAUCAAAAUGCCGGGUUUCCCUGGUGUCUCGCUUCUGCAGCCAAUGACAAGGCUAUUGAGCGGCUGCAUGCCGGAGAAGAUGCCGCCUCUUUCCGAGCUCUCAUUGGGUACUGUGGAUGGGCCAUACUUUGACGUCAGUGUGCUCGGUUGCGAGGAUUGUAUCGACUGUCGGAUGACAUGUACGGUCGGGUUUGAACGUCACUCCGCAGAGAAGUACAAGGAAGAAAGCUUGACUGACCUGGACACGUCUGUCCAAGAUCCAGCAGAAGUAAAGGCACUGGAAGGAUCAUCACCGUCGCUGCCAGCCGACUUGGAGGCGUGGUUUGACGGGUGGUCAUCUCGACGGCGGUUGUGGUACGCCAAGUGGAUGAAAUUCGAUCGACAUACCCGGCGAAAGGGUGCAUGCGAGCGGCAUAAUUACAACGAUUUGGUCUCGAUCACCGGCGACACUCUUCAUGGCAUUCCAUUUCAUUCAUAUGCCAUGGAGUAUCUGUUUGAACCUGGCGAACAUUUAUUACCUGUUCCCGUAGACUCGACGAGUCGAGGGGGCGUGCAGGCGAGCACCAAUUCGAAAACCGAGUCGAUACAAGAGGCCAAGAAUCCGAAAAAGAACCACAAAGUGCCCAAGUUUGACCAGAAAUACUAG